CUAAUCACAUUCAUAAAUUUUUUGUUGAUCUUGCACUUCAAACUUAUCUUAUUCAAAUGGCUGGCCGAGGCAGAGGGCAGACGCGUCUCAAGAUGCUGGAGAGCAUGGGUGUGGAGCGGUCUGAGAUGAGUCAACCUCUCGACCGCCCUAAGGGAGAGGCGGCCGCCAAAGGGGACCUCACUCCUUCGUCUGUAUAUCCUCCCCUCAAGUUCCAACCUCUCCCCCUACCUCCCUCCACAACCGAGACUGAUUAUUGUCUUACUCUGCUCAAACUUGACAUGGAGCGCAUGAGAAGCUCUAAAUACGCCGUGAAAAAGGAGAAGCAGCAGGCCGAGCUGGAGCGCUACAGCGACCGCUACCGCCUGACUGUGGCCGAAGAUCAUCCCCAGCUCGUGGUGGACUGGACGCGUUUCCCCCGCGAGCUCAACCCGAGCUACAUACGCAAGAGCAAGAAAAGGAAAAUUUCUAAACCUGACCAGAAAUCACGGCAGAAAAAAGUCAAACUUGCUGGGGAAACAGAUGAGCAGAUGGAAGAGAGGUUAAAGGAACUAGAGAAGAAGGAGAAGGAGGGAGGAGCGGAGGUCAAAGAAGAGCUCGAAGAUGAGGAAGAUGAAGAUAAGGAUAACAAAGAAGAAGAAGAUGAAAUAGAGGAUGAAGAUGAGGAAUUAGAUGAAGGCACGGAUUAUGCACAACAAUAUUUCGAUAACGGCGAGCAGUACGAUGACGCUGAUGACGAUGGUAAUGACGACGGUGGAUACUACUGACGAAGGUGACGUUUAGCCAUGUAAGGCCAUCGUCGUACCAAGCACAGGUUCGGUCCUGUCACCCUGGGGUUUACAUAGCCUGUGCACUUCAUGUAUUGUAAUGUUCUCUCGAAAUCUUAAAAAAUAUUCCUCAAUUUUGUCUAUAUAUAUAGUAUAUUCUCUCGAAAUCAUUUACAUGCGAACUUUAUACAAAGGGAAACUAUAAGGCCAUGAUUGCUUUUCUCGCCUUUUCAAUCUAACCAUAAGCUCGAUUUUUAUUUAUUUUUCUACGCGUUGUGGCUCGAUCUCGGGUUUCAUUUAUUCUGCAUAACAUCAAGUGAUUCCUUCAAAACUAUUAUGUUAAAAUAAGUAUCUAAAGAAAUUUCAAAUCAUAUUUCCCCUAAUGGAAUAUGCAUGAGAAAAUUAAUGAAUGUUCCUUCCGUGGGCUUGGUAUGGUGAUGGUCAUAAUGUUGUUGAAGUCUUGUUAUUGUAUUGUUGAUGCUUAGAAUCCCUCCAUGAAUGUUCUUGUUU